CAAGUCCGUUAGGAAGCUUAGGUGGCGUCUUCAACUUCCAAUUCUAAAAUGUCUGGAUUCCUCAUUUUGCCGGGUCCUUCUGCUCUCUCCCAGUUCAGAGUCAACAACUUGGUUCUGGAGAUCGAGAAGAAACUCAACCAAGGCUCGAUUGUUGAGGAGGUAGCUUCCAGCUACACUCAUUACGUCUCCACCAAGACUGACUUGACCGACAAGCAGCUUGGAUUGGUGAAAGUGUUGUUGCAGUACGACACUCCUAUCGACACAACCAACGCUUUGGUUGGUGCUUUGGCUGAAUUGUCUGUUAUCAGUGGUGACUCAGCGGCUGCCUCCAUCAAGCUCGACUCCCAUCACCACUUGAUCAGAGUGUUACCAAGACCGGGCACUAUCUCGCCAUGGUCGUCCAAGGCGACUGAUAUUGCACACAUCUGCGGAUUGGGUGAUCACAUCGAAAGAAUCGAACGUGGGUUGACCUUGUUAAUCAAGACCAAGACUUCCUUCCAAGGUGAAUUCUCUGGUGAAGUGUUGACUUCUGUCUACGAUAGAAUGACCCAAUCGUUAUAUUUCAACGAAAAUGCCCCCAAAUACGACGACUUGUUCGCCCACCACUCCCCCAAGCCUUUGGUUCACGUCGACAUCAUCUCCGACACUUCCAACUUGACCAAGGCCAACAAGGAGUUGGGUUUGGCUUUGGAUGAAGGCGAAAUCAACUACUUGAUCAAGGCUUUCACCGAAACCAUCGGAAGAAACCCCACCGAUGUCGAAUUGUUCAUGUUUGCCCAAGUCAACUCGGAACAUUGUCGUCACAAAAUCUUCAAUGCUGACUGGACCAUUGAUGGCUUGAAGAAGGAUUUGUCACUCUUCAAGAUGAUCAGAAACACCCACUCCAAAAACCCCCAAUACACUAUUUCUGCUUACUCUGACAAUGCUGCCGUUUUUGAAGGUCCAGAAGGUUACGUCUUCACCCCAGAGUUCGAAUCUAAAAAAUGGUCUUCCACUAAGGAAAGAGUCCACACCUUAGUUAAAGUGGAAACCCACAACCACCCCACUGCUGUUUCUCCCUUUGCCGGUGCUGCUACUGGUUCUGGUGGUGAAAUCAGAGAUGAAGGUGCUGUUGGUAGAGGUUCCAAGUCCAAGGCUGGUUUGGCUGGUUUCUCGGUUGCUGAUUUGAAUAUUCCUGACUUGACCCAACCAUGGGAAAGGGAUGUUGGAAAGCCAAACCACAUUGCUUCAUCUUUGGAUAUUAUGCUCGAAGCCCCAAUUGGUUCUGCUGCUUUCAACAACGAAUUCGGUAGACCUGCUAUCAAUGGUUAUUUUAGAACAUUGACUACCGAAGUCCAAAACCAUCAAGGCAAGACUGAAAUUAGAGGUUUCCACAAGCCAAUCAUGUUGGCUGGUGGAAUGGGUGCCAUCAGACCAGACUUGGCCUUGAAAGAUACCAAGAUUACUCCUGGCGCUAAGUUGAUUGUUCUUGGUGGUCAAUCCAUGUUGAUUGGUUUAGGUGGUGGUGCUGCCUCUUCAAUUUCGUCUGGUGAAGGUUCUGCUGAAUUAGAUUUUGCUUCUGUUCAAAGAGGUAACCCAGAACUUCAAAGAAGAGCUCAACAAGUCAUUGAUGCAUGUGUAUCAUUAGGCGCUAAAGACACCCCAAUUCAAUCUAUCCACGAUGUUGGUGCUGGUGGUUUAUCCAAUGCUUUGCCUGAAUUAGUUCAUGACAAUGAUUUGGGUGCCAGAUUCGAAUUAAGAUCCAUCUUAUCUUUGGAACCUGGUAUGUCUCCUAUGGAAAUUUGGUGUAACGAAUCCCAAGAAAGAUACGUCUUGGGUGUUGCUCCUGAAAACUUGGAACGUUUUGCCAAGAUUUGUGAACGUGAAAGAGCUCCUUUUGCCGUUGUUGGUGAAGCAACUACCGAGCAAAGAUUGGUUCUCACUGAUUCUUUGUUGAACACCACUCCAAUUGAUUUGGAAAUGUCUGUUUUAUUCGGUAAACCUCCUAAGAUGUCCAAGACUGCCUUAACUCAAGACUUGAAAUUGUCUCCUUUCGCAACUCAAGACUUGCAAUUGCAAGAAUCUAUUGAAAGAGUCUUGCAGUUACCUGCUGUUGGUUCUAAAAACUUCUUGAUCACUAUUGGUGAUAGAUUCAUUACUGGUUUAGUUGACAGAGACCAAAUGGUUGGUCCAUGGCAAGUUCCUGUCGCAGAUGUCGGUGUUACUGCUACCUCGUUGGGUGAAACCGUCUUGACUACUGGUGAAGCAUUGGCUAUGGGUGAAAAACCUACUUUAGCAUUAAUUUCUGCUGCUGCUUCUGCCAAGAUGUCAGUUGCGGAAUCAUUGUUGAACGUUUUCGCUGCUGACAUUCCUUCCUUAGAUCACGUUAAGUUAUCUGCAAACUGGAUGUCCGCUGCUUCACAUGAUGGUGAAGGUGCCAAGUUAUAUGAGGCAGUUCAAGCUAUUGGUUUGGACUUGUGUCCUGACUUGGGUGUUUCCAUUCCAGUUGGUAAGGAUUCGAUGUCCAUGAAGAUGAAAUGGGAUGACAAGGAAGUGACUGCCCCAUUGGCUUUGACCAUCACUGCUUUCGCCCCAGUAGACGAUACCUCCAAGACUUGGACUCCACAAUUGGUCAACAAAAAGGACACCCUUCUUGUAUUGGUUGAUUUGGCCGCUACCGUCAAGAAGUCCUUAGGAGGUUCCGCAUUGGCACAAGUUUACAAGCAAGUUGGAGAUUCUGCUCCAACUGUGCACUCUAACCAAGUUUUGAAAUCUUUCUUGCAAGCAUUGGUUGUAUUGCACAAGCAGUUCGACGUUUUGGCCUACCACGAUAGAUCCGAAGGUGGUUUAUUCACAACCGUUGUUGAAAUGGCAUUCGCUGGAAGAUCGGGUAUUGAUUUGAAUGUUGAAGGUGAAGAUUUGUUCACUGAAUUGUUUAAUGAAGAAUUGGGUGCUGUUUUCCAAAUCGAUUCUGACAAGUAUGAAAACUUCGUUAAGGUCUUCGAGACUAACAGCAUUGGUAAGGAGUACAUCAAGGUGGUCGGUAAGCCAAACUUUGAAGCUCAAACCAUCAACGUUAACUUCAAUGGUUCUUCUGCUUAUUCCAACACUCGUGCUGCCUUACAGCAACUUUGGUCUAACACCUCUUAUCAUAUUCAGAAAUUGAGAGACAAUCCAGUUACCUCCAAGCAAGAAUAUGAUGCCAUCUCAGACAACAACGAUCCAGGUUUGUCUUAUCAAUUGACAUUUGAUCCAAAGAACUUUCAAUCUUACCAAGGACAAAGACCAAAGGUUGCAAUUCUCAGAGAACAAGGUGUUAACUCUCAACAGGAAAUGGCUUGGUCAUUUGAACAGGCUGGUUUCGAAGCUUACGAUGUGCACAUGUCUGAUAUUUUGACCGGAAGAGUGCUGUUGGAUCAAUUUGUGGGUUUGGCUGCAUGUGGUGGUUUCUCAUAUGGUGAUGUUUUGGGUGCAGGUGCUGGUUGGGCCAAGUCUGUUUUGUUCAACGAGCGUGCUCGUGCUGAAUUUAAGAGAUUUUUCCAGGACAGAGACAACACUUUCGCUUUUGGUGCCUGUAACGGUUGUCAAUUCUUUAGUAGAAUCGCUGAAUUAAUUCCGGGUACUGAGAACUGGCCAACUUUCGAAAGAAACUUGUCGGAACAAUAUGAAGCCAGAUUUGUGAUGGUUGAAAUUGACGAGAAUGCCAAGACUGAGUCUAUCUUUUUGAACAAGUUGAAGGGUUCCAAGUUGCCUAUUGCUGUUGCCCACGGUGAAGGUAGGGCCAACUUCAAGGAUUCAGCCACCCAAGAAUCUUUCGACAAGGCCGUGAUUAGAUACGUUGAUAACUACGGCAAGGUCACCCAGAACUAUCCAUUCAACCCCAACGGUUCUCCAAACGGUAUUGCUGGUAUCAGCUCUGCCAAUGGUAGAGUCUUGGCCAUGAUGCCUCAUCCAGAAAGAGUCACCAGAAAGGAAUCUAACUCCUGGUACCCUAGUGAGGCUUCACAAUGGGGCGAACAUGGUCCAUGGAUCCAAUUGUUCAGAUCUGCCAGAGAAUGGGUUGGUGACAACUUUUAAUGAUGUAAAAUAUAGGAAAAAAAGAGCUAGCCAUGCUAGUGUUGUAACGAUCUAAUGUAGUUGCUGGCGAUCAGAAUAGGUACUGAAGUAGAUACUUCGAAAUGUAUUGAG